ACCUGGCCUUAUUUAUUUGUUAAUUCAUGUUCACGUUCCAAUUAAUUUUUUAAUGUUCCAAGCCAAUCCAAUCCAAUCCAAUUCAACUCUUACUUUUAUCUUUGAAUUCGACAAAAAAAUAUAACAAUUCCCCUUUAAACCAUAUGCCGAGAAAAGCAACACGAAAAGGGCUUUUGAGGGCUUUUAGUCCGCGCGUAGGCUACGCAUACGACCUGCGUAUGCAAUACCACUGCGACUUAGACGACACCGAUGAUCCGCACCCGGAGGACCCACGGCGAACCUACUGGAUCCACAACCUUCUUGAACGCUCCGACCUUUUAAGCCUUAUGCACGCAGUAAAAAUAUUCCCCGCAACCGACACACAAAUCCUCCGAGUCCACCGAAGCCACUACAUAAAUUCUCUAGAGAAAACCAAAGUAAUGGAAAGGGCGUCGCUUAUAGAUGAGCAGAAUAAGUAUGAUUCAGUGUAUCUCUGUUCUGAAUCUUAUUAUUGCGCAAAGUUGAGUGCUGGUGGGCUAUUAUCGUUGUGUCACGAGGUUGUGAGUGGGAGGUUGGAUAGUGGAUUUGCUAUAGUUAGACCACCGGGACAUCAUGCUUGCAAGUCUAAGGCUAUGGGGUUCUGUCUUUUGAAUAACAUUGCUAUUGCUAUCGAGGAUAUUCUUUUGAAUGGGUUGGCAGAGCGCAUCAUGGUGGUAGACUGGGAUAUUCAUCAUGGUAAUGGUAUUCAAGAUAUAUUUAUCCGCAAUCCCAACGUACUUUAUUGCUCUUUGCAUAGGUACGAUGGUGGUGAUUUUUACCCGGCAAGUAACGAGGGCAAUAUGGAUAAGGUCGGCAAGGAUGCCGGGCGUGGGUUCAAUAUCAAUAUCCCUUGGGUAACCAGCGGUAUGGGCGAUGGCGACUACCUAUAUGCGUUUAAUCAGCUCAUAAUCCCGUGGCCAAGCAAUUCAGGCCGGAUUUCAUUAUCAUCGCAUCAGGUUUCGACGCAGCCAUAUGCGAUCCCAUCGGCGAAUGCAAUGUUAGCCCCGAAUGCUACGCCACAAUGACCCAUAUGCUGAAGGAAAUCAACAACGGCAAAAUCGUUCUGUCCCUUGAGGGUGGAUACAACCUGGACGCCAUUGCUAACUCUGCUUUGGGAUGCGUCAAGGCGCUUUUGGGUAUCAAGUGGAGGGCUGGUUUAUUCCCGAGCAGGCCAUAUAUAAUGCGUAUGCAACUUUGUCUGCAGCUGAGAUUAAUGGCGUGUCGAUAGGUCCGCA